UGUCAUUCGCUUCGCAGCGGUCGUCGUCGUCGCGCCUCGCGAGUUCGGUGUGUGAAAAACCUUUUUCAACUUUUUUUCUGCUGCUGCCAUUUUGCUAGAAUUUUUCGCUCGCGCGUCGGUUCCUCCAAAACCUCCUCACGCCAAAGAAAUGUCGUCCGGUCGUAACGAGUGCCGCAUCUACGUCGGAAAUCUGCCACCGGACAUCCGGACCAAGGACAUUCAGGACCUUUUCCACAAGUUUGGAAAGGUUACGUUUGUCGAUCUGAAGAAUCGUCGGGGGCCGCCAUUUGCCUUCGUAGAAUUUGAAGAUAAUCGCGACGCGGACGAUGCCGUGAAGGCCCGCGACGGGUACGAUUACGAUGGGUACCGACUGCGGGUGGAGUUCCCCCGAGGUGGUGGUCCCGGGAGUUACCGGGGCAGCCGAGGAAGCACCAGCGGUGACCGCGGUGGUGGUAGUAGUGGCCGCGACCGGGGUGGAAACAACCGUGGCCCUCCGGCACGCCGGUCACAGUUCCGUGUGGUGGUGACGGGCCUUCCGGCGUCCGGUUCGUGGCAGGACCUGAAGGACCAUAUGCGGGAGGCGGGCGACGUUUGCUUCGCCGAUGUGUACAAAGACGGAACGGGAGUGGUCGAGUAUUUGCGCCACGAAGAUAUGAAAUAUGCCAUCAAAAAGCUGGACGAUUCGCGCUUUCGGUCGCAUGAGGGCGAAGUUGCCUACAUUCGUGUACGUGAGGACUCUGGCAACGACGACCGUCGCGGCGGUGGAGAGCACCGCGAUCGGUCAUACUCGCCUCGCAGACGCCGCGGAACGCCAACCUACUCGCCGGUCCAGCGCAGCUUCUCGCGGUCCCGUUCGCGCUCCUUCAACUACUAGAACCCCAUGGGGACGGUCGGAUGACCACCUUUCGGAUCCGGAUUUCCCCGAGUUGGAAUGGAUUCCAAGUAAUUUGAUGAUAAAUAUGUACAUUUAGACAGACGGAAGAGAGGCAAAUCAACUUUCAAACACACAGACACAGAUUUUCCGCGUGACGACCCUCUACACACAAGAGCUGUAGAAACACAAACACACACAUUUUAGUUACGAUGUGAUUGCACCGGCGGGUGCGGUCUAAUUUUAAGGAAUAUUUUAAUCAUUUUAGUACAUUCCUUGCAAAAGAAGUCACACUUGAAAAACACACACAGUUGAGCAAAUUAAGUACGCUGGAAAUUCUAUCGAUCGGAUAUCUCUAACUUUUUUUUGUGUAUAGAUCACACUAAUUAAACUCCCUAACUUUCCGAAACAAUCAGAGCAAGGGUUGAAUCUUGAGUGUAAAGUA